AUGGUGUCGGACAUCUACUUCCCAACCCCACCUUCUCCGUACCAAACCUUCUAUCCCAUUUCCCAUCCUCUCAGCUACUAUCACAGCCCACAAAGAUCUAUCACACCUAAAGCAUCCCCAUGUAACACUAACAAACUCAAACGCCACGAUCAAGUGUACGACGCUAACAGAAAUCAUGUUGUGCCAUAUUAUUACUCUGAAACAUUAACGCCGUGCAUGCCUAAUAACUUUUACACACCCAAAUACACUAACCGCGGUAGACACGGUCCGUAUGAUGAGAGGCACGCUCAGAGAACCAGAUUGACUCCGAGGCUGCAAAGUUCAAGCGUCAGUCCUGAACUUGCGCAGAUUUUCACAAAAACAAACACUCCGCAGUCGUUCAGACCGUAUAGUGUUUUAGAAAAUUCCACAGCGUCGCCUCUGCCUAGAAUACAAAGGCCUACGUCUGUUGUUCCUAUGUCAGAUAACUUUAGACCGGCUUCCGUAUUCUUCAGAGAUACUAAACUCAAUGAAAAAUCAAACGAAGUACAAGAAAUCAAAUCGCUUCCCCAAAAGGAAACACCUAGACCCAUUCUGGAUAAAUCUUUCAGACAGAUCUGUAGAAUACCAAAUUGCAAUUGCAAUUUAAAACCUAUGAACAAUCUGCCGAGAUUUAGCGAGUCCCGUACAUUACCUACUCUAUCUUCUAAAUCGCUCGACAAAGUUAAAAAUUUAUCUCUCCCUACACUCAAAUUGGACGAUUUAAACGAUUUUGGGAGAGAUGUUCCUGAGAUCGAAAGAGAAAUAGAGUCUAAGCCUGUCUCUGAAAAACAUUUGGGUUUCGUUUAA